AUGAUUAGCGAAAUUUGCAUCGCCAUCAUUGAGCUUAAGGACACGGUGCGCAGCGUCCAGUUGAUAUCGUUCUACACACCGAAACUUGGCAAGAGCGAAGCGAGCGAUGAUGAUCGGUCGUCACCCGGUGUGUCUGAACACAUAAUUUUCAGUCAGCGUUUGAGGUUCAUCCAUGGAGGCAGCAUGACUUCGGUGAGCGAACGUGGAAGCUGGGCCUCCAAGACUGAGUUUAUUCUGUCGUGUCUGGGCUAUGCCAUCGGUAUUGGAAAUGUCUGGCGUUUCCCAUAUCUGUGCUACCGGAACGGAGGCGGAGCGUUUUUGAUCCCGUACUUGAGCAUGCUGUUCUUCUGUGGGAUACCGUUGUUUUUUCUGGAAGUUUGUCUCGGACAGUUUACCGGCCGAGGUUGCGUAACAGUGUUCAAAAUAGCUCCGCUGCUGAAAGGAGCUGGGUGGGCAAUUGUGGUGAUCAAUUUCAUAUGCACGUCGUAUUACAACGUCAUCAUUGCAUAUCCGAUCUUGUUUCUGUGGAAAUCUUUGCGAAGUCAGCUACCGUGGGAGAAUUGCAGUAACGAAUGGAAUACGGAGCGAUGCCUGGAAUUGCGGGGUUCAGAAAAGGCGCAGAUACUGAUGAACAACAGUAUGCUAAGUCCGACAGAGCGUUGGCGAACUCCAGCUGAUGAGUUUUUCCACAAUGAAAUUCUACACAUUUCGGAUGGGAUUGAAUCUCCCGGAACCAUCGUGUGGCCGCUAUUCGUAUGCAACAUUAUCGCUUGGGUGAUCAUCUAUGCGUGUCUAAUCAAUGGUGUGAAAUCCGUUGGAAAAGUGGUUUACUUCACGGCUACUUUUCCGUUCCUGGUGCUGGGUGUGUUGUUCGUGCGUGGAAUUACCCUACCAGGAGCGAUGGAAGGAAUACGGUUCUACAUUCUGCCCCAGUGGAGUCAGCUCACCAAUCUGAAGGUGUGGGCAGAUGCAGCGAUUCAGAUCUUCUUCUCGCUGGGACCGGGUUGGGGCGGAAUCGUUAAUAUGGCCAGCUACAACCAGUUCAAGAACAACACCAAGUUCGAUUCAAUAUUGAUCCCUGUCGUGAACUGUGGGACGAGCAUCUUUGCGGGAUUCGUUGUAUUUUCAGUGUUGGGUUAUUUGUCACAUCAAACGGGUCUUCCGGUUUCGACGGUUGCGACUGGAGGACCCGGUCUAGCGUUCAUUACUUACCCGGAGGCAAUUGCGAUGCUACCAUUUCCGCAAAUGUGGGCUUCGUUAUUUUUUAUGAUGCUGUUCUUUUUGGGUGUUGAUAGUAUGUUCGUGCAGAUUGAAGCCAUAAUGUCAUCAGUUUUCGACGAAUUCCCAAAAUUGCGAAGGUGGAAAAGGUUCAUUACAUUAGUAAUGUGCUUCAUAAUGUUUUUAUUUUCUACUUCGUGCACUACAGAGGGCGGAAUGUAUUUGCUCCAGUUGCUCGAUUGGUACUCAGCCUCGAUCUCGGUCAUAUUGAUUUGCAUCAUUGAAGUCGUCGCGGUGGCAUGGAUCUAUGGAGUGCGUAAUUUCGUGCGCGAUGUUGAGUUCAUGAUCGAUCGGACCGUCGAUCGUUUCUGGAUCGUUUCAUGGAAGUUUGUCACCCCUGUCAUUUUGUCGUUUAUUUUCAUCACAACCAUCGUUUACAAUACCGAGGUUACAUACAAUGGCAUUCGGUAUCCUAAAUGGGCAAUUGUUAUGGGUUGGAUGAGCUGCGUCUCAUCCAUGAUAUGUAUUCCUGUUUAUGCUUUUUUCAAGGUUUAUUCUGGUAAGGGUUCUCUAACGAAGAGAAUUAAAACCAAUUUGAUCCCAUUUGAUUGGGGUCCAGCAGAUGAUCUGCAAAGGUCUUUAUGGCAGAGUCACAUCGAGAUGAAUUCAAUCAAACACUGAUUUAGAGUUUAACAGGCAACACUUGGAACAGAUCAUA